UUAUAGUUUCGCCAAGGUAACAGCGAGAGCGAGCUAGGCAGCUAAAGGAUCAUGUCUCCACCGGUGAAGCUGAUCGGCUUUUUCGGCAGCCCAUACGCGCACCGCGCCGAGGCGGCCCUGUGCCUCAAGGGCGUGCCUUACGAGCUGAUCCUAGAAGACCUCCUGCGCAGCAAGAGCGAGCUGCUGCUCACGCACAACCCCGUCCACAAGAAGGUGCCCGUGCUCCUCCACGGCGACCGGGCCGUCUGCGAGUCCCUCGUCAUCGUCGAGUAUGUCGACGAGGCAUUCGACGGGCCGCCACUCCUGCCGACCGACCCCUACGACCGUGCCAUGGCUCGUUUCUGGGUUAACUUCAUUGAAAAUAAGUUCACCAAGCCGUUCUGGGCACCGCAUUGGAUAGAGGCCGGCGAGGCGCGGGAGGGGUUCGUGAAGGAGGCCAAAGAGUACCUGGCGCUUCUAGAGGCACAACUCGGGGGGAAGAGGUUCUUCGGUGGUGACACCGUCGGCUACCUCGACAUAGCUGCAUCUGCGUUAGCUCCCUGGCGCAGCGUGAUUGAGGAGGUGACUGGAGUGAGCUUGCUGAACGACGACGAGUACCCUGCGCUAUGCCGGUGGGCCAAGGAAUACAAUUCCAACGAAGCUUUGAAGCCGUGCCUGCCGGACAGAGACCAACUCCUCGCCUACUUCACUAAGAACAAGGAGAUGUACCAAAAUGGCGUCAAAGCAAUGUUGCAGCUGUAAUUAAUUAGGUGCAAGAAUACGUCUUUGCGCGUGGAUCGCAUAUGGCGUAUGCCAUCGUGCUAAGUAACCGUUGUGCAACCAUAUGUCCUUUUGUGCUAAGUAACCAUUGUGCAACUA